AUGGGUGGCAUCACUGUCCUCCACAUAGCAGAUUGGGGUUCAAGUCCCCUCUCUGGCAAGCACUACCCCAAUAAGAGUCCUCCUAAUGCCACAUUCUCCUACAUCUAUGUUGCUGAUUGGAGGAGCAGCACUGAUCUACAAACUGAGAAACCACAUGACACAGGAUGUUGGGGUUUGGCUGCAUGGCAGGGGCAGAGUAGGACAACUCUACAGGAGUGCACCAAGGAGACACAGUUCCUAGAGAGGACUAGAGGGUGCCUGCUGCUGAAGAGUGAGUGGACAUCCCUCCAGCAUGGCCAGGACUCCACGAGACCUAAGGAGUUUGUUCAGGGUAUGUGGAUGAAGAUCCUUCAGUUCAAGAUGAUCAUCUCCACCCUCUACCUGAUCUCAGAAAAAUCAACUGCGCUACCAGAAAGUCCAAGCACAGCUGUGGAUCAGACUACAGCUACAACCUACUGGACCACAUCAACAGCAGCACUGCCAGCAGCAGAAACAUCUGCUCAACAUCUCCGAUCCUCUGUCAUCAUCACUGUAUUUGUCUGUGUGGCUCUGUUGCUGACUGGAGGAUCAGCACUGAUCAUCCACAAACUGAGGAACCACAGGAUACAGGACUCCGCCUCGACUGGCCAGAGAACAGAGAAGUAUAAAGAGGGUGUUUACAUCACCAUGGGUCCAGUCCAGAAGAGCCUACACCCCAAAAGCAACAUACUAGAUUUAGUUUAUGAGGAUCCUGAUCGAAACACUAACCAAAAAGAUUUUAUCUAUGAGACCAUGGUCCAUAACUCCAACCAAUCAGAUUCCAUUUAUGAUAAUGUAAACAUGAACAGCAGUGUAUUGGGGGGUAUUUCACAAAGCAAGGUUCCUCAGUUAUAAUGUAAUAAGAAACGGAUAA